AUUUAUCUCCGCUAGUAUGUUAAUUUAGUGACCAAAGUAUUCUCUGCUAAGCGUUCAUUGUAGCAAGCACGGGCGGUACUCGCGCUGCUGUCAAAGUGACACCAGCGCCAACGCAACGCCAAAGUUGUAUGUGGACGGGCCUUUAGAGCAACUCAGAUCAUAAAUCUCAUGAAACACUUGUCAGGCAGAAAUUAUCAAAACAGUUGAUUGCUCGACAAUUCAGGUCGUCAAUUGUAAAGCGUGUGUGUGUGUCUGCUUGCUCUAAAGGUACGACCGCACUAGGCGACGCGACACGACACUACACAGCGCGGCAAAAUACUCUUUGCAUGUAUUCUUAUGGAGCAUACCGCACUACGAUGUAGGGAGCUACGCGACGCGACCCUGCGCGGCAAUGUUGACCACACAGGCAAAAAUGUUGCGCCGCAUGGUGUCGCGCAGUCCCGGUGCCGCAUAGUGCGGUAUACCUAGCGUAACGACAUAACAUUUCGUACUAUAUUUUUAAUUUGAAGUAAUUGGAUUUCCAAUUGUGAGUGAAUAUUCAAAUGCAUUUCAUUCAAGAAGAAAAUUGUAUGUAGAGAAACAUAAUAUUUGAGAAUUCGCCAAGGAAAAUAAAAAUAAAAGGCAUUAACAUUACAUCAGCGUCACUGGCAUCCAUCUUGUUUGAAGGUUUUGACACAAAAAAAAUAAAAAAAUUUGCAUCGAAUUGUCGCGCCGCUGCAGUUUCAGUGCGAUAUAUCAAAAAGUGUCGCGCCGUGUCGCGUAGUGCCGCUGCAGUAUCGCGUCGCUUAGUGUGGUCUUACCUUAAAGCUUGAUAUACAGUUCAGUGCGAGCGUGAGCGUGAACAUUCGCAAAGGCAAAGAAUUCCAUUUGUAUUCUUAUGGACGCUCACACACAUCUGCUUUGCGUACGCACACAGUUGAGUGUGAGCUUGAAAAAAAGCAUAUGCGUAAAUUAUUUUUUAUUCUAUAAUUCUGAAAGAUAUUUUAAUUCUCUAUCUUUUGAUGAAUAAACUAUUGCAAAAAGUUAAGUAAUAACGAAGAUAUUGGUCAAAAUAAAAAGCUCACGCUCCCGCUCACAUUGAACUGUAUAGCAGGCUUAAGUUAGAGCAAGAAAAAUCCCCAUGAAACACAAUUUCGUGAGAUAUCUUAUAGGGAAUAUACAUGAUUUAACUUUCACAGGCGAUUAGUUGAACCAAAAGUUGAACGAAAGUAGGCAGCCGACCAACUUCAUUGUAAGCGAAAGGCCGUUUACACCAGGCGAUUGUUGCUUUCAACUAAAAAUCGCCUCAUGUAAAUUCCCUACUAACCUGGCGUAACCUAGAGCAGCUCAUUAAACACAACUAAUAAGUUACAGUUAAGGGCGUGUCAGACGUGGCAAUAUAUUUCUUCAACACCUUUAGGAGAAACGAAGUGUAUUUUUGUUGAUAUGCUUUGUUCGAGCGCUUCACCGAAAAAGCGAAAGCAUAAUGAAUACUAUGAUCCGGAUUAUGUGCGUCCUUGUCCAAAGAAGAAAUUGCGCGUUGAGAAUACUAAUAUACUACUUAAUGAAACAUUUUCAAAUACCGACAGCAAGUUAGAUAUGAUUUGUAAUUAUAUUUUCCGUGAAUUUCAAAAUGAAAUCAGUUUGAAGCAAGAUGAGUUAGCGGAAAUAGAAAAAAGACUGGAGAAGUCUCGAACCUUGUUGGAUCGUUUGCGGUAUGUAAUUGUAUCAGAAUUUUACCAAAAGCAAAAUUUAGUGUUAGCAGCGAGUGAUGUGACUGCUGUGCGAGGAAAUGAAACGCUCUUUGGAUAUAAUUUACACGCGCCACUAAUGGAGCUACACCCUUCCGUCAAAAAUAUAGCUGCAAAAAAAACUUUUAGCCAUUCUGAAACUUUAUGCCGUCCAAUUCCUGAACGUGCUGCGGCCCAAAAUGCAUUAAACACUAUACGCGCACGAUCUCAAUCGAAAAUACCACAAAGUUUGGUUAUUGAUCGUUUCAAGCAAGCAAAUGUGCAAGUGGCCAAAGCGGUAUCUGUACAUAAUCAAAAAAAUUCUUUAGUUGUACCUCAAGGCGUUCUUAGAUCUAUAUCUGUUAUGACGGAAAAUAAAUUCAUAAAAAAGACAAGAGCACUUAAUGCAUCUCGUCUAAACAACAAGAGAAAACAAAUUAUUGCUAUAGGUAAUACUUCUACCUAUAUUGGAGCAGAAAGUGGUGGAGUAGAUAAAAAAAAACCUGAAGCUGCUGAUCUUACUCAUAAAUGGAUAGUUUACGUACAAUCCAAAGAUACGACCAUACCCAUUGAGUCCUUCAUUAAGAAAGUACGCUUCCAUCUUCACCCUUCAUACAGACCAAAUGAUAUUGUAGAUAUUCGAAUCCCACCUUUUCAAAUAGCUCGCAGAGGAUGGGGCGAGUUUCCAAUAAGAAUUCAAAUGUUUUUUCAUGACCACCUACAACAGAAGUCUGUUCAACUUAUACAUAAUCUGGUACUAGAUCGAACACUAAGUGGCAUGCAUACUCUUGGCGCUGAAACAUUAAUGGAAAUGUGGCUUCGUAAGGACGCUAUAAUCAACAAAUCAAAGCAAGGAGACCAGCUGAGGCAUGUGAUCACGGAAGCAAAUGAGAGCAAAAAAGGUUCCAUAUUUAAUAAAGAAUCAACGCUAAAUAUUUCAUCACAAAAUAUAGAUAUAAACACUGAUCCACCUACAACCCAAGUGAAUUCCACAAAAAAACCCCGACCGAUAUAUUUUAUUCGCAAUAAGGCAGAGUUAGGUGAUAAUUUAUUUGGAUUUCUAAAUAAAAGCGGAGUAGUUUCAGCUGAUAAUAUGAAAAUUCAACCAUCGGUAGGCGUUGAUGAGACGCAUCUUGAAGUCUCAUCUAGUCGUCGUAUUAAUAUUAUGUGCAAGAGUCCACAGCGAACGGAAUGUACACCCGAAAUAAAUUUUACCACCCAAAACUACAUUUCCCAAAAAAACAUCAGGAUUGAUAUCCGUGACCCUCCAGCAUUCGAAAGUAAUAUGAUUAAGGAUCUGAUAUUUUCUUCAGAAGGCACUAUGAAAAAUGGACCAUCUUCAAUGAAUCCCACAUACGAUAACACUCAAGAGCAGGAUACUCUCCCAUUUCUGUCAACUCUACAAAAACAAUACAAUACAAAAACAAUACAGCUCAAUACGCCCAGGUUAAUAGCGCUACCAGUUUCCAACGGCGCCAGUUUUCAGAAAACAACACACAACAAAACGAAGAUAAUUGCACUAAGUCGGAUAGGAAAAUUAAUGCCGUUAAAAAUUGAUAGCGUGGCUAAAAUGAUCUCACCGAAUGCUAAGUAUACAGCUACAAAUAUCCCAGACACUACUGGAAACGAUGUAUUACAAAAAAAACUUGUGCAACUUGUAGACGCUGAAGGCAAAAUAAAAUUUAAGCAGGCGCUUAUGGCUAUUACACAAAAACCACCAAUUCCAACUAGUAACGCUGGUAUGACAGAUAUCAUUAAAAAAGAAGAAGUAGUCUCGGUUCAAAAUACGGUCUCUAUAUCGCCGUCAUCAUCGAAAUCCUCUACCACGAUGACAGAUACCGUUAAAGAUGUUGCCACUCCUCGAUUAAUAUCAUCGCACAAUGAAAAUCAAUUUCAAUCCGCAAGCAGCAUACCACAAACCAAAAUGGCUGGAUAUCCUAAGCAAACAGUUUUCCAGAAAGAAGGCAAACUAUUUAUUAUUGAUCCCUUACAAAUGAAACUUAAGCAAGAACGAGGGAAACAGGUAUCUCUGUUAAAACCACAAUCUCAUAUGCAGAGACAACGUCAGCAAGAGGCGCACAAACAAAAAAUGCAAUUGAAAGCGUUUCGAAGUAUUAUAUCAGAUCACGAUUAUACUCUAUCGCUUAAUUUAAAGAACGGUGACGCACCGGUACCUCGAGAAAUGGGAGCACGUAUACCAGAACGGGGAACAGACACUAUGGAAAGCAACGCUUUCGAGCUUCUGCAACAACGCCGAAUUCAGUUCGAAAAAAGAGUUUUUGGCACAAAAUGUCCCGAGCAUGCGCUCCGCUGUGGAUUAUAUAUUACGUCGCUUGCCACUGAUUGCUAUGAAAAAGACUUUGGCUGCCGCCUUUUCUUUUGUGCAUCAUAGUUUUGAGGAAUUCGAUGCGCUUCCUGUUUUAAAACAGCGUUCGUGUGAAUGGCUCCGGGCUAAAUAUAUUACACGGUUUGUACGCAAUCACAAACAAUUUCAAGGAUUAUAUUCCAAAAGCAGAGAACGGUUUUGGAGUACGCGCGAAGUGCUAGUUUAUGCCCGACAUCAUGUAUUCGCCCCCAAAAUGAAAUCAUUUGACGGUGCGUGGUGCUUACUGCAACCUCAAACACUCAAUUUUUCAGCACGAGGGAACCCUCCACAAGAACUAAGAUGCAUUGAGCCUAAUAAAUAUUAUUAUCAGCAGGGGCAAGAGUUUUCGCAGUUUGUAAAGAAGGAAGUUAGAUUCGAACAGGAGUCUUUUAAGUACGAAUCUGUAACUCAUAUAUAUCGUAUUACAUCGUGGAUAGAUGAAAUAUGGCAAACAUUUUUGGUCCUUGAAGCGAAUGCAAAACACACUGCUUGGACAAUUGAUGUUGUUAGUAUACCAGAAUCCAGAAGUCGUAAAGCUACUCAUAUCGCUAGCCUGCAAUUAAAGCAUACAGACAGAUGUAGAAAGAAGCAGCAAUUAUAUAUACCGAUACCGGAGCAUCUUGAAGAGUACUCACUUCUCGUAAGUGAAAUUUGUCGGGAUCUUGAAAUACAACUUCAAUCGGAGCAAGUUGAAAACGACGUACUUUUCCCCUUGGCGCAAGCAGUUAUUACACACUGUUUAAAAAUGUUCAUUGAAAAGUUAUUGAGACACACAGUCGCCUCAAAACAUAACCAUACAAUCACAGGAAUCUUAGAUAUUACAACACAGGAUAUUGGUAAAGUUUUGAUUCGGAAUUCGGAGUUUGAUUUUUUAACCAACAAGCAUUUUGGAACAUACAAGUACGAUAGUGAAAACGUAAAAUGAGUGGCUUUAAGUGUAAUUCUAAUCUAGGAGAUUGUUUAAUAUACAUAUUCAUAAGGAAAAAGUACAUUAAAGAUCAAGUUACUAUUGCCUGAAA